UAACCACAAAGCACAAACACGUUUCUAACCUUAAUAUUUUGGUAGUCGCUUGUUAAAGUACAAUUUAUAAAAUGGGAAAAAUUAAAAAACCUUCCAAUCCUUCCAAGGAAUUUUCCAAUGUGAGUUCAAAUGUUGCGAAGCUGCCACAAAACCGUAAGAAGACAUCAGUAAGCGUUUCACCAGUUUCAGUAAAAUCGCGAAAAAGCAAAGGUGUUUGGCAUGUUGAAGAAACCUCAAUUCAGAAUUCUAACAUUUCAAAAGUGACAAAACGUACUACCAGAAAAGAACCCAAUCCAACUGCUAAUAAAAAGAAAAUUAUUUCUUUCUUGAAUGAACCAGAUAAUUUCCAUAUGCAGCGUGAUGCAAAGUUGAAGAAGAAUGAUUCACAUAAGAAAUCCAAGCAGAAUAAUGCUAGUGAUACCAUACCACAAAAAUAUAACAUUAAAGUGAAAGAUGUAAAUCAGAAUUCGAACAUUUCAAAAGUGACAAAACCUACUACCAGAAAAGCACUCAAUCCAACUGCUGAUGAAAAGAAAAUUAUUUCUAGUUCCAGUGCACCAGACAAUUUUCAUAUACAGAGUGAUUCAAAAUUAAAGAAGAAUGAUUUACACAAGAAAUCCAAGCAGAAUGAUUCUACUGAAACCAUACUAAAAAAAUACAACAUCAAAGUGAAAGAUGUAAAUUCGGCAAUUAAUGGUAUUGUGGAAUUUCGAGCAAGCAAUCCUAAAUUGAAAAACCAGUUAUUCAAUGAAAGUUUUCCACUAUUUCUACAAGUGAACUGUCACCAAGUGCCUUUGGGCCACCCAAAACUAAUGAGAAUACCCAUGAAAAACUGUAUUCUGAAUCCUGAGGAUGAAAUAUGCCUGAUUGUUUCAGAAGUGAAAGGAAUUGGUAACAAGGAACAUGAGAAACAUAUUGAACACUAUGAAAACCUCCUAAAGACUAAAGGCGUAACUAAUGUGAAGAAGAUAAUGACAAUGCAUGAACUAAGAACUGAAUACGAGACUUUUGAGCAGAAAUCCAGACUUGUUGAUUUAUAUGAUAUGUUUUUAGUGUGUGGUAAAAUCAGUGGAAAAGUAGUUAAAAAUUGUGGGAAAAUAUUUUAUAAAAAACGUAAGAUUCCUAUUCCUGUUAAAUUGCAAUCUAGCAAUUUGAAAGAUCAUGUGAAUAAAAUGUUAUCCAAAGUAUUUUUCCACCUGCAUUUGAAAGGAGAUAGUUACACGUUUCAGUUUGGUCACAAUAAAAUGAGUACUGAACAACUUGUAGAAAAUCUGUGCUCUGCAUUUGAAUUUUUGGAAAAUCAAUUCCCUGGUGGAUUUGAAAAUAUCAAAGGACUUCAUGUUUUUGCUCCAAGAACUCCCUCUAUUCCCAUAUAUAUCUCGACGGAACCUCCGACAGAUAAAAAGGUGAGAGUGAAGACUCCAAAAACGAAAACGUUCAAAACACAAACUGGAGAAUUAUCAACAUUGCCCAAUGCCAAUGUCACUGUGAGACCUACAGGCGAAGUUAUUGUCAAAAAAAUAUCUAGUGAUCGUGAGGCAUCUGAAAAUAUAACAUCUGAAAAUAUAACAGAUGAGGAUAUUAUCAAAGCAAAUAAGGAAGA